UAUUAAAUUUUUUUUGGAUCAUUCGAUAGGAAAAUCAAGUAACGCGCGUCGUUUCUGAAACCGAUCUUCAAAGAAUCGAUAAAACAGCAACAUUCGCAACUCAUGCAAUGGUUCAACCAGCAGAAUUGUUGGCAAGAUUGGUGAAUAUUCUUGGUUAUAUACCGCCAGCUACCGAAGAUAUGGGAGCCGAUGGUUCAAAUCAGACAACUUAUAUUGGCCAGGAACAAGUUGGAUAUCACAAUGACAAACUUGAAGAGAAUAAAGAGAUUUUGGAAAGAGAAUCGAAUCACGCGUCCAAUUCUAGGAUCUGGACAAUCGGGCAUGAAAAGAUACCGCGAUUCGUAAGACCUCGUUCGAGAGCGGCCAGUGAAAUUAGAAUACAGGAAACGAAAAACGAGGAUCGAAACAUCGAACGAACUUGGUCCGGACCAACAGCGGCUAGAAAGAUUCAGGAAUUGAUGAAAUCCCGUGUAAACGAAUCAUCGGGCAAAGAACGUGACGUUAAAGAUACCAAAUUUUCUAAACUUCGGAAUUUUGCAUUAACAAAAAACGUUCCUAAGGCAUUGAUCUCGUCCGGCCCUUGGAAAAAUCGUUUCUCGAUAAGUUCGGAAAAAAAAAUCUCCGAAUUCGAUCGCAAUAUUAACGGUAAAGACUUGGCAGGACAAGCAUCUUUGUCGAUCGACGAUAGACGAGAAUCGAUCCCGACCAAUUUAAAUCCACGAAGAUAUUAUUACACGCAUACCGGUGCGGCUAACAAUUUUAAUAACAAUGUUAAUAAUAAUUUACUCGAAGAGACCAGUUUGGCCGAUUUUUUGAGAGCUCUUACCGUUCUUCACGCUAGCGUUGCUACCAACAACGGUAAUUGGACCUCUGCUACGAACGAAGAUCAAAUUCGUCGUGAUCAACCUCGAAGAAAAUUAGGCACUGCUUCUUUAACACCGCCAAAACUUCCUAGCUUGUUUACCUUAUUUUCACCAUCUCCACCCGUAUCAACCACUCAAAGUAAUCAAAAUACUAUUACGCAAGAAUCUAAUAUAAACUGGAACGAAGAUAAACUACCUUGGUUUCAAACAACAAGACGAGAAUCGAGAAGAGGUAGUUUAGCGUUUGCUCAUCCUACUAUGGCUGCCAAAUCGAGACGAUUUUCUUUGAGACCUGUAGCAACACCUAUCAGUCCACCGACGCCUCCAAAAAAUGACUCGCCAUUCUUAUCGAAAACUAAGUCAACGUUUUUGUUCGAAUCCCCUAAAGAACCUCUUAUUCUAACAGAGAGAACACCAGGUUUUUCAACACCGAUAAAAUCAACCUCGAGCGAUCGUCGUUUCUCGUUACGACCAACUCAAAAUCCGAAUGUUAAUUUAAAAGGAGGUAACACUUCUAACGUUUCUACGCAAAAAGUUGCACCUCGUUGGAAAGCUGGUAUAUUGCAACGACAAAUUGGUCAAAUGAAUCUUAGACGUCGAGCUAGAGCGUUCAGUUUGAGCGACGUUCAUAUCGAAGAUCACGGAGAAAGAACCGAACCUUUUCAUUUGUCAUCCAAUAUUAUUUAUAAAAAAAAUAAUCACGAUACAAUUUGUAAAAAUUCUAAAACCGAUGAAUUUGUACCAUCGAUCGAAAAUUCGGGUCAGCUUACAUCUUUGGUUUCCAAUUCGGAACGAUAUUCACCACUUUCACAAGAAAUUAUUUCUACGAAUUCUGUUCGUCUCGAGGAAAAGAAUGUACGAAUCAUCGAUCCACUUCAAUCACAUUCGAUCGUACACACAAUUCCUAUCGAGAAUGUCGAUGAUCGUUCGAACGAAUGUAUAUCUAAUUCUCGUUUAAGCGAUCGAAUAGAAUCAACUUUAUGCAACGAUUCUCGAAUAACUACAAAAGAACGAGUAUCAUCGAAUGAUUCUUUCACUGAUAAUUCUAUUUCUGAAUAUAAUUUAUUCGCUAAUGUCGGAGCAGAAUCACAGGAACCAUUGAUGGAAGUAAAAAUAGAAGAUCCCAGUACAAAUAUCAUUUCUGAUCCGUUUAAAAUAGUUACAUCCGAUAUUUCUUCGCAUCAUUCGUUAGAUUCUCUUGCAGAGUUCAAAACCGAGAAGCAUAAAUCACACUUGCCUAUCGAUAAAUCGUGACACAUAGUUUUCGUUCAUAAAACGCAUUUAUUAAUCGGACGAUAAUCGGAACAAUCGCAAAUCGUAUUCAUUUUCGAUAUAAUUAAUUCUGGGAUUCUCUUUCAUCAUUUUUUCGAGUGAAAAAAAUAAUAAAUUUCGAACAGCACACGAGAUACAUCACAGAGAUACGACAAUACGAAGUAUUUACUUACGUUGUAUAAAAAUUUAAUCGCCCGUGACCGUUCCCGGCAUGUCACUUUCAUAAAAAUAAAUAAUAAUAUAUAUAAAUUAAUAUAA